CGAAAAUCUAGUACUUCAUCCCUAAUCCGGAAGAGAUUGGCGCGGUUUUCCGGUAAUGGGUUUCGGUCAGUGACCGGAGUUCUAAUUUGGUCGUCGAUUCAGUCGAAGAUGAAUCGACGACGACCUUAAUUCGGCGGGUGUCAGGUCGCCAUUUCUAUCCAUCGUUUGUAAGUUCUCGAAACGGUCCGCAAUCGGCAGCUCCUCUAUUGGAAUGCUAUUCUCACUAUCUGUUCCCAAAAUCAUGACCUAAAUUUGAAUCGCUAUCUUUCGGCUCACCGGAGCUGCUAUGGCACUCGAUCCAGGAGUUCAUCUCAGGCGAGGAUCCUGAGAUUCAGCGCUAAAGGUGAGCUGUUACAUUUUGCUGACUAGUUCACAGUAGUCCAUGGUUGUUGAAAAGUCAUCGCCACACGGAGGUGACCAAAUAGUCUGCUGUGGAAAUUUGUUUCUCGUCCGUUUACUUUUUGCAUCUUGAAGGAAAGAAAAAAAUGGUGGGCAACGAGUAAAAGUCUCGAUGGAGUCAGCCUGCCGUAUAAACGUCAAAAUUUUGCUUCUAAUGAAGGGUGGGUUGGCGGCUCUCUUGGGGAAGGAAACUAACCAUGAACUCUGCAAAUGUUGUUCUACUUUCUCUGCUUCUUUUCUGCCACCAAACAUGCUCCGCCUCUCGUGAUACGAUAGCCGCGAAUGAAUCCUUGAGCGACGGGAGCCUGGUGAUCUCUAGAGGUGGUAGGUUUGCGCUGGGAUUUUUCAGUCCUGGCAGUUCGAGCUAUAGAUAUCUUGGCAUUUGGUACCAUGGGAUACAAGAGCGAUCCGUGGUGUGGGUUGCUAAUCGGAACGAUCCCAUCACUGGAACUUCAGGGAUUCUUACGGGUCAUGGAUAUUGCUGCCUGCAUCUCUAUAGUAAUAGUAGCAGCAAACUUCCACUGUGGUCUGCUAAUGUUUCAGCGGGAUCAAAUGGUACCUGUGUAGCUCAGCUGUUGGAUUCAGGAAAUUUAGUGUUGAGGGAAGGUAAAAGUAAGAUGACUACUGUGUGGCAAAGCUUUGAUUAUCCUUCGGACACUCUGCUGCCUGGGAUGAGAGUUGGGUUGAGUAGGAGAACAGGUUUAAGCAGCUUCCUGACAUCUUGGAGAUCAGAGGAUGAUCCAGGUACUGGGAAUUUCUCAUAUAAGAUAAAGCCAAGUGCCUCAUCGCAGUUGUUUAUGAACCAUGGUAUCAAUUCUUAUUGGCGGGCCCCUCCUUGGCCAUGGCAGAGGUGGGAGGGUAACCAUGAGUUAUACAAUGACUCAUUUGUAGACAAUGAGGAUGGGAUCUUCGUGUCAAUUGAUCUUGUGGACUCGUCUGUGCUCGUGAGGGUAGUCGUCGAUCCUUCAGGAACCUUGAUGUUAAUGACACACGAUGAAAGCGAUGGCCGGUGGAGGGUCUACUAUACAACCCCUAAGCAGAAGUGUGAUUUCUAUGGAAGUUGUGGCCCUAACAGUAAGUGCGACCCUAGCAUUUCUUUUCCAUUUGAAUGUACUUGUUUACCUGGUUAUGAACCUAAGUACCCCAGAAAGUGGCAUUUAAAAGAUGGAUCUGGUGGGUGCGUCAGAAAGAGAUCAGAAUCAUCUUCUUUUUGUGGGGACGGAGAUGGGUUUGUGAGAGUGGCAAAAGUGAAGCUUCCUGAUACUUCAGCAGCCAUCUGGAUGGACUUGGGAACAAGGAAAUUGACCUGUGAAGGUGAAUGCAGAAGAAACUGUUUGUGCUCAGCAUAUGCUACCAUUGCUACUGAUGAGAAAGGGAUUGGUUGUUUGAUAUGGUACGGGGCACUGAUGGAUACAGUGUACUCUCAACCUCGUGAUUACGAUCUCUAUGUUCGUGUUGAUGCUCUUGAACUAGCUGAUUAUCUGAAGGAGUCCAGUGGCUUUCUUGAGUUGAAGAUGAAGUUGCAUUUCAGUAUUAUUAUACCAUCCAUCAUCUCAGCGUGGCUUGUCAUUUUCUUGUCCGUUUAUUUGUGGCUCAAAAAGCGGAAGAAGAGCAGGGCGAAGAACAGGCAGAUCAGGAAUAUAUUUCAUCGUCCGAGUGAUGAUUCAAAUUACUUGGAUGAUUCUUUGGCUUCAAAAGACACAAAACGAAGUACUAUCUACCCUGAAUUACCGUUUUUCAGCCUGAACACCAUACAUGAAGCCACUGACAGUUUCUCUCUGGCAAACAAACUUGGACAAGGAGGUUUUGGUUUAGUGUACAAGGGAAAAUUGCCCAACGGACAAGAGGUUGCUGUAAAACGAUUGUCCAAAAAUUCAAAUGAGGGGAUGGAGCAAUUCAAGAAUGAAGUAUUCUUAAUUGCAAAGCUCCAACACAGGAACCUUGUGAAGCUUUAUGGUUGCUGCAUCGAGCAAGAUGAACAGAUUCUGAUCUAUGAAUACCUGCCCCACAAUAGUUUGGAUUCGCUUCUCUUCGUUGACGAGAGCGUAAGAUCAGUUUUAGAGUGGGGGAAACGGUUUAACAUCAUUGUUGGUAUUGCUCGUGGCAUCUUGUAUCUUCAUCAGGAUUCAAGAUUCAGAAUAGUUCAUAGAGAUCUGAAACCUAGUAAUAUUCUCCUGGAUGCUGAGCUGAAUCCCAAAAUUUCUGAUUUUGGGAUGGCUAGAAUAUUGAAGGGUGACCAAAUGGAAAGGAAAACAACUAGAAUUGGCGGAACUUAUGGCUACAUGUCACCUGAGUACGCGCUCUUUGGAAGGUUUUCUGUGAAAUCAGACGUGUUCAGCUUUGGGGUGAUGUUACUGGAAACUGUCACCGGGAAGAAAAUGAAUGAGUUUUCUUUGGAAGAUCCUUCGUUGAGCUUGAUCGGUCAUGUGUGGGAGUUAUGGAGGGCAGACAGAAUCUCGGAGGUAGCCGAUUCGUCUCUGUCACUGUCACGCAGAGACUUGAACGAGGCACUAAGGUGCAUCCAGAUUGGGCUGUUGUGCGUGGAGGACAUUGCAGCACAUCGACCCGAUAUGCUGGCUGUGAUUCUUAUGCUGAACAGUGAAGCAACACCUGUUCCGUCCCCCAAACAACCUGCAUUUGUUUGCUCAAGACCCAAAGUGUUGCUCACAAAAGAACCGACAUACUCGUGUAGGUUCAAGAGUGAGAUCAGCACAGGGCCUGUGGAGAUCCUCAUUCUUUGUUCUGAAGACAUUCAAGAUAACUGCGGGAGAUCUUGCGGGGCAUAG